GUGACCUGUCAUCAACAUGGCGGCGAGUACGUCUGUUUUCCACAGGGUGAGAACAGGGUCGAAAAUAGGCGCCCAGUAUGACCAAGAAGGCAACCUCAUUCAGGUGGAAACCAGGGAGGAUGAGGAGCAGAGCGUCAAGCUGGCAGAGAUCCUAGAGCUCCUGGUGGCAGCUGGAUAUUUCAGAGCCAGAAUCAAAGGACUGUCACCUUUUGAUAAGGUGGUGGGUGGUAUGACCUGGUGCAUCACCACAUGCAACUUUGAAAUUGAUGUGGAUCUUCUUUUCCAAGAAAACUCAACCAUUGGCCAAAAAAUAGCCCUGACUGAGAAAAUUGUUUCUGUUCUACCAAAGAUGAAGUGUCCUCAUCGCCUGGAGCCCCAUCAAAUCCAAGGGCUGGAUUUUAUCCACAUUUUUCCAGUGAUACAAUGGCUGGUGAAACGAGCUAUAGAAACCAGGGAAGAGAUGGGUGACUAUGUGAGAGCCUAUUCUAUUUCUCAGUUCCAGAAGAGUCACAGCCUCCCAGAGGAUGAAGAGUUUCUCCAGAGGAAGGAUAAGGCCGUGAGGGCAGUACUGGAUGUAUUGGAAGUGUACAAACCGCAGAGAAAGUACAGGAGGCAGAGGGAUGCAGGAGAGCUGCUGGAUGAGGAGUCCAGGGUUCACUCCACCCUGCUGGAAUAUGGCAGGCGAUAUGGGUUCAGCAAGCAGUCCAAACAAGACAAGGUGGAUGCGAAGAAGGCGUUGCUGCCCAGUGGGUCUCAGGCAGCACCUUCUAGGAUGGCAGAGGUGUCCGAGGAGGACGAUCUGCAGGCAGCGGAGGAGAUGCGAAUGAAAACUCUGAUGACCAGCAUGGCUGUUAUGGCAAACGAAGAGGGGAAGCUCUCUGCAAGUGCAGUGGGUCAGAUAGUGGGGCUACAGUCUGAGGAGAUCAAACUGAUUGCCUCUGAGUAUGCUGAGAAGGUGAGCACCAGUCAAACUAGUCAUGAAGACAUUUUUAAUCCACUGCAGCAACACGGCAGGGCGGUGGCCUCGCUCAACAAACAGAUCCAGCAGAAAACUAAACAUCUGGAGGAGCUACGAGCCAGUUAUGCAGAGGUGAAGACGUGCUGUGACGAGGCCAAGAGAAAACUGAUGGGGGCUACAGAGCAUUCAGAGAAGCUGGAGAAAGAGCUGAAGUCUUUGGAAGAAAUGGAGGAGCAGGCUGACGGAGGCUUGCUAGAGACGCUGAGGGCUCUGGUAACGAUGAAUGAGAACUUGAAGCAGCAGGAACAGGAAUUCCGCACACACUGCAGAGAGGAGAUGGCCCGUCUGCAGCAGAACAUCGAGGAGCUGAAGAUGGCAUCAGGACAGGAUACACAGGAGGAGAGGGAGAGGAACCAGCUGAUAGACAAACAGUACAACACAGACAGAGAGAAGCUACAGAAGAUCCGCCUGCUCAUGGCUCGGAGGAACCGUGAGAUCGCCAUCCUACAGAGGAAGAUCGACGAGGUGCCAAGCCGGGCCGAGUUAACCCAGUAUCAGAAGAGGUUCAUCGAGCUCUACAGCCAAGUUUCUGCAACGCACAAAGAGACCAAGCAGUUCUUCACUCUGUAUAACACAUUAGAUGACAAGAAGGUUUAUUUAGAGAAAGAAGUCAAUCUGCUGAAUUCCAUUCACGACAACUUCCAGCAGGCCAUGUCGUCUUCAGCAGCCAAGGAGCAGUUCCUUAGACAGAUGGAGCAAAUAGUGGAGGGAAUCAAACAGAGCCGCAUAAAGAUGGAGAAAAAGAAGCAGGAGAACAAAAUGAGGCGAGAUCAGCUGAACGACGAAUACCUGGAGCUGCUCGACAAGCAGAGGCUCUAUUUCAAAACUGUGAAGGACUUUAAAGAGGAGUGUCGGAAGAACGAGAUGCUGUUGUCCAAGCUGAGAGCUAAAGGAGCCUCGUAGCCUUGAUACUACUGCUGGUAAACUACGUGUAUUUUGGUUUUGUUUGGUGAUGUAAAUAAAAUAUGUAAUCUCUGAGAUAAAGACAGA